AUGGCCACUGAUAUCAAGAAAGACAAACUAGCCGCUCUGGAAAUCGCGCUGGGGCGCAUUGAAAAGGAUCACGGAAAAGGCGCUGUUAUGCGCCUGGGAGAGGAAGGUAUCCAACGGCUUUCUACAGAAGUAAUACCCACCGGGUCGCUGGCCUUGGAUAUUGCCUUGGGAGCGGGCGGAAUUCCCAGAGGCAGGGUGACAGAAAUUUACGGUAGUGAAUCUGCCGGAAAGUCCACCCUAGCCAUACACAUUAUGUCCGAGACCCAAAAAGCCGGCGGCAUUGCUGCUUACGUAGAUGCUGAACACGCCCUGGACCCCUCAUACGCCGCAAAUUGCGGUCUUGAUCUGGAAGAAUUACUGAUAUCUCAGCCUGACAGCGGUGAGCAAGCCCUCGACAUUACCGAGCAACUUGUGCGGAGCGGAGCGGUCGACGCCAUAGUGGUCGAUAGCGUGGCAGCUUUGGUACCACAGGCAGAGAUUGACGGCGACAUGGGAGACACCCAUGUUGGUCUUCAGGCACGGCUCAUGUCCCAGGCCCUUCGUAAGCUCACUUCAACGAUUCAUCACUCUCGCACCGCGGUAAUCUUCAUCAACCAGUUGCGAGAAAAGGUGGGAAUAACCUAUGGAAGCCCAGAGGUCACCCCUGGCGGACGCGCUCUCAAGUUCUACAGUUCGGUGCGAAUCGACCUGCGCCGGACCGAAUCCAUAAAACAGGGUACAGAAAUCAUUGGCAGCAGGGUCAGAGCCCGCAUAGUAAAGAACAAGAUAGCGGCACCCUUCCGGGUUACCGAAUUCGACAUUAUGUUCAAUAAGGGCAUCAGUAAAAUGGGGGACCUUCUGGAACUAGGCGUCAAUGAAGGCAUCCUGAAAAAAGCCGGGGCAUUCUACUCCUACGGCGACACUCGUCUCGGUCAGGGAAGGGAGAAUUCCAAAGAUUUCCUUGAUCAGCAUCAGGAAAUUGCCGAAUCCAUCGAGACAAGGCUCCGUGCCAAACUUUCUAACGAGCCUGAAGCUGCCGCUACGGACAAUCCGCCCACAGAAAAUGACGUAAACGCCAUUUUGGCCACGUUGUCCGAUCCAGAAGAAGCUGAAUAA